CCACGGCCUCCUCUAUCCACACCCUUCCUCAUCAUCACUCCUUGAUGCCAUCAGCAUCCGACCCGCCAGAGGACGGGGGCAUCUCCCUCAGUCUCGACGAUGACGCGCAGCAUCGCAAGCCCGACAUCACAGACUACGCUGAUCUCAACCUCGACGACGAGAAGGGCGACGAAGCUGUCGCCAAGAUACCAACAAAUGAGGCCGACGUCGACAACGCUGAGCCUGCGACUGGAGACAUAUCCGGCGCAGAGUGGUCAACAACAAUCACUCCCGCAGACGAACAGCAGCAGCCUGACUUCAGCGCUACAAGACAUCGCCGCAUCGACUCACUGCCCCCUCAGCGAUUUGAAGAGGAGACGGUUCAGUGGUCUCGCCGACCGAGUGCGAUGGAUGCAGGCUCACACCGUAUCGACGAGUCAGCAGAGGACAUGGGCAAUGACUCGCAUACCUCUGAAUUUGAGCGUGCCGGUCUUGACUUUGUUGACAUCAAUCUGGGCGGAGAUCGCAGAGGCGCCGAUGGAGCCAGGAGUCCUGGGCUGAAUGCCGUGUACGGCCCAGGAGGAGCGCCCUCGUCCAAAUCUCGGACCAGUCUGGAGAUACGUACAGAUUCAAUCAGUAGCGAGUUCAAGGGACCCACGUCUUCCGAGACGCCAUCGUCAUCCACUACUUCGUCGAAGCUGGCAUUUUGGAAGAGAAAGGGUACGCAGGAGUCCGCAGCCAUAGCGAGUCCCGUCGGUCCUACCGAGCAGCCAACGGCUGAGGUCACGAUGCUCGUGGCUAAUGACGAAGGCGAUAUACAUCGCGCCGCUUCGCCUGCUGAGCAGCAAGCGCAAGAAACUGAGGCGUCGCCUUCUCAGGAGGGUCAGCUUCAUCCGCCAGAGCCCAAGGCCACGACCAACGACUCGCAGGUUGCGCUCGAUGUCAAGGAUCAUGAGCGAGCGGGACAAGAAGCUGCAGUCAAAGUUGAACAAGGCCGGGCUUCAAACUCCUCAACAUCACAGGCGGCGGCCGUCAGCGCUGGCCGAUCCGCGGGACCGUCGGGAUACAGCGAAGCAGACGCUGAAGCUGCGCAGUCAGAUGUCAGACCAGAGUCGUCCGCAGAAGCUGCGGCUCGUGCAGCAGCCGCUGGUAUGGCAUCGGCAGGUGGACGCUCAGCAGGUCCUGCCGUUCCCACUUUGAGCGUCUCAUCAGGCACAGCCCCUACUCUAGCCAUCUCAACCUCGGCCGCAGCAAAGUCAGGAGGUCGGUCUUCCGGCCCAUUUACCUCCCCUUCAUCCGCAGCAGCCGGUCCCUCCUCCCCACCAUCCUCAUCACACGUUCGCAAACCCUCAGGCGGCCCCUCUGCCCUGGAGCGCUACAUGUCUCGCACGCGUCAGGCCACCCUCCCGCCCAAGACCCGCAAAGAGGACCAACGUCAUCUGCAGGACUUUGAGUCAAUGAUGAAGAGCUUCCAAGCUCUUGAGGCGAAGCGACUUAAGGAGGACCAGGACAGACAGAGAAGGCGUGAAGAGGAGCUUGCUGCUGCUACGAAGGUGUGGGAGAGCGAGAUCCUACGCGGGGAUUGGAGGGCAGCGAGAGUCAAGGGGAGCAGGUUGAGACUUGUUUGGUGGAAGGGUUGCCCGCCGAGUCUGAGAGGAAGAGCGUGGCUGCUCGCGAUUGGGAAUGUCAGAAUGCUACCACGCAACCUGGCGACUACCACAAAAGCCAGAGUAAAGGAGAUGAAGGCGAGAGAGGGGGCUUGGCCGCCGAGGAAUGUACUGAACGAACAGGAUACCGAUGCGGAGGAGGCGAUGGAGGAGGAUAUUGAGAGGACCCUGCCUAGCCUCAAGCUCUUCCAACGGGACGGUGGAGUGCUGUACGACGACCUCAAGGAAACACUGGAGUGCCUCGUGUUGCUUCGCGCAGAGCAGGCAGCCGAAAUCCAUCAGGAGCGACAAAGACGUCCAGAAGGUGUACGGGUACGCCCUCCAGCUGCAACAGCCGCCACCUCAUCCGCUUCCUCAUCGACACCGCGCCCGAACCUCUACGAGCCCGGCCUAUCUCCUCUCGCUGCCCUUUUGCUGCUCAACCUCUCACCAAGCGAGACCCUCUUGUCUCUACUCAACCUCCUAGCCACCCGCCCAUGGCUGCGCUCCCUCUACUCAAUGGACCCUACGCACCUCGCCCAAUCCUCUGCAUUCGAACGAGUCCUCAACACCCUCCUCUCCGACCAGCUCCCCAAAGUUUAUGCGAAUCUACAACACUGCGGUGUGGACCCCUCGCAGUACGCUCGCAGCUGGGUUAAGACUAUGUUCAUCCCCUUGCUGCCGCUGGAGACGGUCUGUAGGCUGUGGGACCAAAUUUUGCUCGAGGAGGCGGAGGAUGAGAUCGACUCCAUGGUCUUCCGAGCCUGCUUGGCCCUCGUUGGGUUGUUGAGCUCUCGACUUCAUACCGGCGAGGCGAAAGAACUGCAGAGCAUUCUGACUGGUCGGAAUCGAGCCGCUUUGAGCGUAUGGUACAGGUUCGUCGGGCAGACGGCGCAGCUAGGAAGUGGUGGGCCGGCUUUGGCCGCAGCGCAGGGGGCUUCGGGGCAGGCAGCCGCUUCGGCGCAGGCAGUCGCCAGCUUGCCGCCAGACUCGCCUUUGAAGAGGAGGGAGAGUGAAGCAGGUGGUAGUGGGCCCGGCCAGGCGGAGAUGCGGGCAUUGUCCUCGUCAAGUUCUGCCGGAGCGAACGGAUCAGCGAUUGCCGAGGAGUCCGAAGACGAGAGCGAAGAGAGCGAGGACAAGGCAAAAGCGAAUGGGCAAGAAGAGCCAAGCACACCAGCCUCAGCAAGCAACGGUGUAUCCCCACCUCAGCCGUCUGACCCCGACCCCUCUUCGAUCGAAGCCCCACUCUCCUGGGUGCCGCGCGACUCCCUCUUCAGCAUCUACGCCAUCGUGGAGACGAACCUAUUUCGCGCUCUAGAGGAACAAGUUGGGGAUGACCUAUCUAGCAGCGAUGCUAGCCUCGCGGGCGGUGACGCCGGUAGUAAGGGUUCGGCUACACCGCCGGCUUCAGCAGGGGUGGGUGUCUCAGCUGGUGGUGGGGGCCAGUGGAGCAGGGGCGAUGGGUGGUGGAGAGAUAGUACAUUGAAGAGGCUUGUAGAGCGAGAGCUGGGUGGAUGAGAGUGUGCGGCUGCCAAAAGAGGACCGAUUGAAUCGAAGAAGAAAGAAUCCAGAUACCUAUAGCAGAGCUGGCCCACGUAGCUGAGACUGCCGCAUCGCCCUGGCAGAAGUCGUACGCUACGCAGGCUGAAGAGAUGACGAUGGAAUAGGCAUGACCUCAAUCCGCCGAUGAGGCCGAUCGACUUCGACUGUCAUGUGUGCAUCUCGUGACAGCUCGCCAAGCUCAGCGUCCGGGAGAUCUCCGGCGAGAUGCG